AUGAGUUGCUUCAUUUCCUCGACCGUCUGCCGCUUUAUGAACGAAAAAUUGCCAAGUUGUUGGCUGUUGGCAUCCCUCAAUGACAGCACAGCAUCGUUGCUUGCCGUCAAUCACUUGCACGACAUGCUCCUCGACGUGCUGGGCAGCCAGCCAUCGCUCUUCAAGUUGUACACGCAAAUCGCCUUUGUCUUUGCGCUCGACGAUGGGGCAUCCAACAGACAUCAGGUCGCAAGCGCUUUACGCCGCGGACUCGAUAGCCUGGCUGCACAGUUGCCUUGGCUGCGUGGCAACGUUCGCAACGAGAACUCAAAACCGGGGUGCAGCGGAUCCUAUCGCAUUGUCGAGUCUACAGAGAUUCCGCUAGUCGUUGCAGAUCUGCGGAAGGCUGGCAGCACCGUAACACUGAACGCCCUUCAAAGCACACAAUAUCCUUUCUCGUUGCUCGACGAGAGCCUCAUCGCGCCGUGCAUGACUUUGAACCUUCCUGGAAGCAAGAUCGGUCUCGUCGCAGAGACAGGUCCCGUCCUCGCGCUCCAAGCCAACUUCAUCACCGGCGGACUGAUACUCACCGUGGCCGCGCAACACAACGUCAUGGACAUGGCUGGUAUGGCGGCUGUCGUGACCUGGCUCUCGAGGGCAUGCAAUGGUACAAGUCUAUCCGACGAGGAGCUUGUCAUCGCGAACAUCGACAAGAGCAAGAUUUUGACUCUGCAUGACGGUACAUGGGAACCGAAUCAGGCGUGGCUUGAACGCCUGCAAGCCAAGUCCGCAGCGCCUUUGUCGAUUCCAACGGUCGCACCCGAAAUCUGGUGGGGCUACGUCGCAUUCUCGAUCGAAUCGGUUGCAGCUCUCAAGAGCAUCGCGACAGACACCAAAGACACGGACAUCAACUACAUCAGCUCCGACGAUGCAGUCUGCGCAUUCAUCUGGAAGCACCUGUCUCGUGCAAGAGCAGCGAGGAUCGAGGCGAAGAGCGCAACGGUGUUUGCUCGUGCGGUCGAUUUGCGGAGUCGUAUGGCUGUGCCAUUGACGUAUCCAGGCACGCUGACCAACAUGGCAUACAGCGAAUCUUUGCUCUACAGUAUCAGCGAAGAGCCGCUCGGCAAGAUUGCAGCCAAGCUGCGCAGCGAGCUCAACUCGCCGAAGCUGUCCGAGGAUACUCGAGCCCUCGCCACCGUCCUCGACCGGCUCCAGGACAAAGGCAGCAUCAACAUAACGGCGCCUGUAGACCCGUCCACGGGCAUCAUGCUGAGUUCCUGGGCGUUUGCGAAGCUCGAUCAGCUCGACUUUGGCAUGGGUCUCGGCAUGCCGCUCGCUGUCCGUCGUCCGGCCUUCACCCCCGUCGAGAGUCUGAUGUACAUCAUGCCCAAGAGCCCAUCACACGGCGCAGUCGUUGGCAUGUGUCUUCGAGAAGAAGACUGGACGCAGCUGGAGCAAGAUAGCGGGUGGAUCGAGCAUGCAAUGUAUUUGGGUUGA